GUCGUAAAAUUAAUGGAAGUCCAAAGUCCAUAGGCACCAGCCAAAAAAGCCCCCAAACGGCAAACGCAGGCUAAAAAUAGUCUGUUCAGGCGUUGCCCGAGAUUGGAGACGGAGAAGAGGGAUUAGAACUUGGAGACUACGACACGAGGCGAAUCGAUAUCGAUUAGGGUUAAAACAUCGUGAAUGGAGAUGAUGUGGCAAUUAAUGAGAUCUUUGGGUUUCAAUUCAGCUUAUUAAUAGACAUUUUCUUUGUUAUUGGUUUUCUUUCAAAUCUGUGUUUCUUUUAUUGAUUGUCUCCUUUUCAUCUAAGAAAGAAACAAGUUGAGUAGUUUGGAAAGUUAUUAUUGUAUAUUAUGGGCUAUCUGAAUUCUGUAUUGUCUACAAGUGGAACCCAAGUUGAUGAUUCCCCUGUUAGUGGUGGAGGGCUAAGUCAAAAUGGGAAAUUUAGCUAUGGAUAUGCAAGCUCUCCAGGGAAAAGGUCUUCAAUGGAAGAUUUCUAUGAGACUAGAAUUGAUGGUGUUGAUGGGGAGAUCGUUGGUCUUUUCGGAGUCUUUGAUGGUCAUGGGGGUGCUCGAGCUGCAGAAUAUGUGAAACAAAAUCUGUUUAGUAAUUUGAUCAGGCAUCCAAAGUUCAUAUCUGAUACCAAAUCAGCCAUAGGUGCAUGUCCUUGUACUGAUUUCAAUAUAAAAGCUUCAUCUCUAUUUUAUGUAAUCUUACAAUUGCUUUUCUGGGUUUGCCCCAAUUAUACCUGUUUUGCAGCUGAUGCAUACAGCCAUACAGAUUCUGAAUUUCUCAAAUCAGAAAAUACCCAGAACAGAGAUGCUGGCUCAACAGCUUCCACUGCUAUACUUGUUGGUGAUCGCUUGCUAGUUGCAAAUGUUGGGGAUUCCAGGGCUGUUAUUUGCAGGGGUGGGAAUGCUAUAGCAGUUUCACGAGAUCACAAGCCAGACCAAACUGAUGAGCGACAACGGAUUGAAGAUGCUGGAGGUUUUGUGAUGUGGGCUGGCACUUGGAGGGUUGGUGGUGUUCUUGCUGUUUCUCGUGCAUUUGGUGACAGGCUUUUAAAGCAGUUUGUUGUUGCAGAUCCUGAAAUUCAGGAAGAAGUGAUUGACAGUUCCUUGGAAUUUCUUAUUCUUGCUAGUGAUGGGUUGUGGGAUGUUGUCUCAAAUGAGGAGGCUGUUUCCAUGAUUAAAUCAAUAGAGGAUUCAGAGCAGGCAGCUAAGAGGUUGAUGCAGGAAGCAUACCAAAGAGGGAGUGCAGAUAAUAUUACUUGUGUGGUUGUUCGUUUCUUGGCCAAUCAAGGGGGCCCUGCUCACAGCAGCUCUGGGUAAGCAGUUCUUAUUAGCUUAGCAAUUUGGUGUUGCAGUGUGAUUUGUGUACCUUAUGUAUAUGGAUUGGAAUAAAAUUCCUCUUAAAAUUAUGUAAAAGGAACAGCGUUGUAGAAUUGGAGUCCAAUUGCUAGAAAUAAAACAGAAAGGAACCUUGUUUCAGGC